UUUAAACCACGAACCUCGGUCUACUAUAUCUAUAUGUAGUAUCCACCACGUGGCUACCAAUUCCCCGUCACCAGCUGAAAAGUCUCAUGCGCCUCUUCGAGCUAGCCGACAGCGACCCCGCGAAAUCAAUAUGCCGCUAGGACGUAUAGAGGACAGUAGAUAAUGGCAAGACUGCUUCAGCUGAUGAGUGUGGCCCGCCGCCAAAGCCCGCGAGCGAAGAGGGGCGAAGCACAUACAUACAUCAUCGGCGCGGGCAGCCUUCGCCGCGUUGCCUCUGCUCAUUUUGUCGCAUACAGUAGCCGAACUGGAGUACCAUCAUGGUCCAAGUGACUUUCUUCUGCGACAGCUGUGAGGCGACGAUUCCUCCCGACCGAAGCCGCCUGCGGUGCUUGACCUGCGCCGACUACGAUCUUUGCGCCGAAUGUUAUGCUACCCAAUCCUUCUCGAGUCCGCAUCAGGCCCAUCACAAGUAUGAGGUCUACCGAAACGGCCAGAACGUGGAGGACGUGAAAGACAAGACAAUUCCAUCAGUCUCCGCCGCCCGUUCAACAUCCCCAAUGCCCCCAAUACCAAAGCCACCCGGGGCACGAAUCUGGCUACCGCGGGACCGUCGAGGAGCAGGAGGUCAACAACAAGCUCCCCUCUCCCGCCUUGCCACGGCCAUCUUCGAACACUUGGACCCUAACGAGACGGGCGUGCUCGACCCGAGCCAGUUCUGCGCCUUUGUGUCAGCACUCGGCUUCACCGCCAUGGAGUUCCCACCGCUCAGCGUCGCGCCGAAUGGGAACUCGUCGCCCGCGCAACUUCACAACUGCGACGCCUGGCUCGCGAACUGGUACCGCUCGUUCGCCCUGGAGUUCACAUUGUCGACGCGGCAGUUCGCGCCGCCUCCGCCCGUCCAGCCCGUCAACGGUCGUAUCCGCAUGCGCGACGAGCUGAUGCACGCCUUGAUGUAUCCGCCGCCGCCCAUCGUGCAGGGCGGGAUGCCAAUGCUCACGCUGCCGGGCCUGCGGCAGUAUCUCGAUUACCAAGUCAAAUUGGACGCGGCGAAUCUGUGCGGGCGGUUGACGCACCUGCUCGGAGCGGUGCCAGACCUAACCGACCCGGAGACGGGAAAUCCUAUCAGCGCGAGCUUGAUCUCAGCUGCCUGCAUUCCGCCGCCGGCGCCGCCGCCGAACCCUGCCGAGGAGCAGAUGACGAGGUGGAUGAUGGAAAGUAGGGAACAAGCUGCCAUCAAUGAGGCUUUGAGAGUACAAAGGAAUCAUGCUAUUGUCAACCAGAAUACUAUGGAGAUGCUCCAGAAUGUUCGCGGGGGUUGGCGAGUAGAUGCAUAUAGCAACAGGGUUUAUGAACAGGGCUUAGUAGAGCAAUCCGCCAUCAAUGACGCAUUGAGAACACAGAGAAAUCAUGCUAUUGUCAAUGAGGCUGCGGCGCAGGCGAGGUUUAAUUGUACUGGGGGUUGGACAGUAGAUUCAUAUGGCAACAGGGUUUAUAAAGCGGGUUACUUUGGGUAGCAGAACAAGGAGUGCUGUUUCGGCGAUGCUCAAUGUGGAGGCAACUGAUAUUAAUGUAUGAACAGGCUCAGCGUCCACCCUAUAUAUGUACCGAUGUAUCCAGAUUAGCAACGACUACUGUACAGCUUCAUGGUUCCAAUAUUACUGUCGUUCGAAACGUGGGAUGAAUCUG